AUGCAGAAGGCCCUGGAGACGCACAAAAACCUCAUUCAAUCCACACUAUCAGUGCAAAAUGCAUCAACACCGGCGACAACCAUUCCGGAUUCUCGACUGACCGAUGCCGCUCACGACGGUUCAUGUCAGUGCUCAUCAUCCUCUGGCAACACAAUCUUCGCUCCCGGGGUUUCGGUUGCGAGCAGCAUGCAACGGGAAGAGUCUGGACCAGGAUUUGAAGUUCCGGCAAAGGUGCGUCUGCGCGAUUCUCAUAUCUGCUGGGCAUUUUAUGCCAUGUAA